GAUAGACUUAGAUCGAUAUAACGUUCAACAAUUGGAACAAGUAAGACUGACACUUGCAGGGUGUGUGAAUUGUAUGGGAUGUUGUUCGUCAUCCUAUAAAAUAUUACAGUGAUGUCAGAGUCAACACCAGGCAGCCAAAAGAAGGGGGUUGCGAGGGAGGCCGAUCACUCUUCACAGGGAAAUAGUCAGCAGAUGCAAUUCGGAAUUCUAUAUCCAAGCACUAGCCUAGCCGGAGACCGACCUUCAAACAAAGCUCCCGGGACCAUUGAGGAAAAUAAGAACAUCAGAACAGAAACAAAAGCAGAAGAAACACAAGACAAUGGUGUCAAUCAGUCUGAUGAAAGUGCGAGCAAACAACAGAACAAUUCUCGCAGCAAACCAGAUGAUGCUUCUACGAGGCGAAAACAGAGAGACAAUCCUUCGUCUUUAGGAGAUCCACAUGAUGGCUCAAUAGUAAAACCAGUUACUGAAAAAGAUCAAGAUAGUGAUGGACACAAAACUAUGGAGAGAUCCAUGCUCUAUGAAACACAUACACAAUCCAAAUUUACGAAUCUCAGUUCAUACAAUGAUAAAAGUAUUCAGCCAAAACUUAAAUAUACAGGAAAGGGACCACCAAAGGUAUUGCACGGAAAUAACAAUCAGCAAUCAGCUGCAAGCGUUAGACAAUCUGGAAGAUCAAAACAUGCCAUCUUACAAGGAGAUGCUUCUAGCUAUGGAUCUGCAUUUGAUACAUCAGCUGGCAGUGACAAGUUGAAAAGCAAUGGUGAAUACGAGAUUUCAAAACAAGGAAGAGUCUGGUGCAUUCGAGAUUUGAAAACAAACAAACUGACAACGUUAAAGACUAUCAAGGCUGAUGAAGUUUUCUUUGAAAGCAAAGAAUUAGUUUGUGUUGAUGGCGUGUUUCACCAACUGAUUGUGCAUAAUGGGAAAAAACCUAAGCUCGAAAUAGCAGAGAGGUCUUCAUCAUCAUCUGAAGACGAGAGGAAACCAAACGCAUGUGAUUUCAGUUAUGGGUCAGAUGAUUAUUCUGAAUCAAGAACGAGUCCAAAUAGUUUGCCAGAGUCUGAAGAACCCAGCAGUCGUUUUCAAAAGCAGUCAAACAUAACUCGAACAGAAAAUGCAAUGGAAUAUAUGAAGCCAGGGGCAGGAACUGAUUUAUUCAAAGAAACAGAAGGAGAAGAAACACAAAGCAGUGAUGUCAAUCAGUCUGAUGAAAGGGUGAGCAAACAACAGAAUAAUACUCGCAGCAAAUAUGAUGAUGUUUCAGCAAGGCCCAAACGGAGUCUAUAUGAAGGAAAUGACAGAGGGCAAGCUUCUCCAAGUUACAAUCCUGGGUCCACAGGAGGUUCACAUGAUGGCUCAACAGAACAACCACGAAAGCCACGAGUUACUGGAACUGGUCAAGAAACAGAAGCAGAAGAAACACAAGGCAGUGCUGUCAAUCGGUCUAAUGAGAAGGCAGGCAAACAACAGAACAGUUCUCGCAGCAACCCUGAUGAUGCUUCGGCGAGGCAAAAAGGGAGUUCAGAUGAUGGAGGACAACCUUCUCCAAGAUACAAUCCUGGGUCCACAGGAGAUUCACAUGAUCGCUCAACAGAAAAACCAGGGAAGCCACCAGUUAAUGGAACAGGUCAAGAAACAGAAGCAGAAGAAACACAAGGCAGUGGUGUCAAUCAGUCUGAUGAAAGGGCGAGCGAAAAACAGAAUAAUUCUCACAGCAAUCCUGAUUAUGCUUCAAAGAGGAAAAAACAGGGUCCAGGUGAUGGAGGUGACGGAGGACAACCUUCUCCAAGAUACUAUUCUUGGCUUACAGGAGGUUCACAUGAUGGCUCAACGGAACAUCCAGGCAAGCCACCAAUUACUGGCACAGCUCAAGAAACUGAGUGUAAAACACAAGGCAACCUAUUUUUAAAGCCACCAACACCUCCUCCACGGAAAAGUAAAAUGCAGGGAGGUAAAACUGUUGAUAACCCUCAAACAACAAACAUGCAGAGAACAUUGCAUACUGAGAAUGACAAAGCAGACACACAACCUCAAAAUUCAGCUGGAGCCACUCUCCCGAAUGAAACAGGCAGAGGGAAAGCUAAAGUAAAAGAUACAGCUGAUGUCAAAGACGUUUUAGGCUCUCAAGUUUCAAUCAGCUCUCUGGAUUCCUUUGAAAUUAUCGAUUCAAAAGAAGCAGAUUGCAAAGAACAGGAAAAGAUUGACAACAUAACCCAAAGUGAACUCUCACCCAAUGGAAUAUCCUUUGAAUGUAUAAAUAGCAUACACCCAAGAAGUAAAUCAGAAGCUGCACAAGUACAAAAAAAAACUUUAUCUAAUGACCAAUUUUGUAUCAAAGUUCAAGGUUCUUUUUUAACAGUUCAAGACAAACAUAAUCCGAUAUGUAAACUUAUUUUGCCUAAAGCAAAUGAUGCUCAUUUUGAAGGGGAACUUUUAUGUGUUGAUGGUAGCUUUUUUGAUUUGUUUGUUGAGGAGAAGCACCUGAAGUGUAAUGAAGUACAAAGUCUUAAUCAUUCUGGAGAGCAAAAUGGCAAGGCUGUAAGUGAAGAACCAUUUUUAGGUCAAGAAACAAAAAUGGUAGGAAAACAGGGGAACUGCCACGAUAUGUUUAAACAAGAUGACCAUUGUAGUGAAUUUAGAUCCCAAUCUGUUAAGCAGAAAAGAAAAGAGCAUAUCAUUAAUGAUGUCCCGAAAAUUGUUGUAAAAGUCAUAUCAAAGUCCUCGUUUAAAUCAGAAUUUAGCACAAAGUUUCCUGAUGCUGAAAUCAAAGCUGAAAAUGUUCAUGGUAGUUAUGCAAACAUCAGGAUAAUGGGAUCAUGGGAUUGCUCACAGUGGUCUCAAAAGGAAAUACAUUAUUGUCAAAUGACCUUUGAUGAAGUUAAAAAUGGUGGUACCAUCCCGAAGUUGCCUGAUAUCAUGGAAAAUUACUUGUUGAACCAUUAUGGCAAGCUGGGAACAGUUUUAUGGGACAUAGUUCCUGAGAAAAAACAAAUAUUUGUUUGGUGUUCCUCUACAUCACUUUCUGCUGAGGAAGUGGUACACACAUUGAAGAGAGCAAUCAAAAAGGCUGAACUUUCCUAUGAUUGUGAUGACUCUGCUUUGACCACAGGGAGGGAGAAAAUAAGGAAAAGAUUUAAUGUUUUACAUGAAGAACUUCAUUGGAAUACUGAAGGACGCCACAGUUUGUUUAUGUUUUGCUUUCGAGAAGAUUAUGAAGACAUCAAGAAAGAGAUGCAUAACAUUUUUCAUGAUCAAAGAAAAACUCAUGAAGAGUCGGGCCAUUCAACUGAUGCUACCUUCAAUGAUCAUAGAGCACUUUACUCUAUUGAGAAUGGAAAAGGCCAAGCCAUUGCAGUUUCAAAUGAAGAGGUUGUGAAUUUGAAAGCAGAUGUUACUGUGGUUCUUAAGGAAAAAGAAAUCAUAGGAGAUGCUUGCAAAUCUAUUUCAAGGAGUGGAAAUCAGAUUGUUGUUGAGUAUCCUCAGAAGGGACAUGAGGAAAGUCGGGCAAAGUAUAAAGUAGCGGAGUCAAUGAAAUAUGCUCUAGUUGAGAUAAAGAAAAGAAAAUGUUUUACAGUAGCAGUUGCGUGUAGUUAUAGUAAAUCAUGGGCAAAUGGAUACAAUUACUUGAAAUUUGUUCUGCCUGCGAUUUUUGAAUUUUUAUAUCAAAAUGCAGAUAUUCCAUAUUCCUUCAUUUUGUGUACCGGUACCUCAAAUGAAUUUGGGUACAGUGCUUGUCAGCAAAUACUACGAGAAGGAAAGCCGAAUGAUUAUGAAGAAACAAGUUCAACAAAUGAUGAACUUGCACAUGCACCAGAAGGGGUCGAUCAAAACAGUGAUACUGUUACAAGCACUGCUGCGAAGCAGCUGGCAGCAGAAAAAGAAGCCUCAAGAUCUGCAAAUGAAACAACUGGAGGAAGCCGAACAGAAUCAAGUAAACUGAAAGUUCACGUUUUGAAAGAAGAAAUAAUAAUAUCUGUCAUGGCAGAUGCGAUUGUUAACUCAACAAGUGAUGACUUGAACUUGGAAAAUGGAUAUGUGUCUGCAAAGAUAAAUAGAGCUGCAGGAAAAAAACUGCAAAAAGCUGUGCAUAAAGAAGCUAAUAAGAUCAACUUCUGGGAUUACAUAGUUACUGAGGCGUUUGAUCUAAGCAAUUGUAAGCAUAUAUUUCACUGUGCCCUCGAGCCAUUGAAAGACAUUGACCAGAAUGACCAGAAGGAUAUCUGUCUAUCGAAUAUGCGGGCAAUGGUUCGAAUGCUGUUGAAUGAAGCAAACAAAAUGAGCUGCCACUCCAUUGCUCUGCCGGCACUUGGAACUGGCAAUCUGGGUUAUCAUCCCAAGGAUGCAGCAAACGCGAUCUUCCUUGCUGUCUGUGACUUUGUAGAACUCAAUGGCGACACGAGCCAUCUGCAAGAAAUAAAAAUUGUCAUAUAUAAGAAAGAUGAAAACACAUUUCAGGCUUUCAAGAAGGUUCAAGCAGAAAUGGCCCAAGAAGAAACAAGUUCAACAAAUGAUGAACUUGCACAUGCACCAGAAGGGGUCGAUCAAAACAGUGAUACUGUUACAAGCACUGCUGCGAAGCAGCUGGCAGCAGAAAAAGAAGCCUCAAGAUCUGCAAAUGAAACAACUGGAGGAAGCCGAACAGAAUCAAGUAAACUGAAAGUUCACGUUUUGAAAGAAGAAAUAAUAAUAUCUGUCAUGGCAGAUGCGAUUGUUAACUCAACAAGUGAUGACUUGAACUUGGAAAAUGGAUAUGUGUCUGCAAAGAUAAAUAGAGCUGCAGGAAAAAAACUGCAAAAAGCUGUGCAUAAAGAAGCUAAUAAGAUCAACUUCUGGGAUUACAUAGUUACUGAGGCGUUUGAUCUAAGCAAUUGUAAGCAUAUAUUUCACUGUGCCCUCGAGCCAUUGAAGACAUUGACCAGAAUGACCAGAAGGAUAUCUGUCUAUCGAAUAUGCGGGCAAUGGUUCGAAUGCUGUUGAAUGAAGCAAACAAAAUGAGCUGCCACUCCAUUGCUCUGCCGGCACUUGGAACUGGCAAUCUGGGUUAUCAUCCCAAGGAUGCAGCAAACGCGAUCUUCCUUGCUGUCUGUGACUUUGUAGAACUCAAUGGCGACACGAGCCAUCUGCAAGAAAUAAAAAUUGUCAUAUAUAAGAAAGAUGAAAACACAUUUCAGGCUUUCAAGAAGGUUCAAGCAGAAAUGGCCCAAGAAGAAACAAGUUCAACAAAUGAUGAACUUGCACAUGCACCAGAAGGGGUCGAUCAAAACAGUGAUACUGUUACAAGCACUGCUGCGAAGCAGCUGGCAGCAGAAAAAGAAGCCUCAAGAUCUGC